GCCCUGGAACUUCAGAGGGAUGAAGCUGCUCCUGGGCCCGGUGGGACUCCUGGCGGUUCUGAUCGUGCUCCAGCCCUCGGAGGGUGCCCCUCCAGCUGGCCUGGGAGAAGUGGAGACCUCGGUGGUGCUGACCUGCAUGGAGGAGGCCAAGCGGAUAGUGGACAAAGCCUAUAAGGAGCGGCGGGAAAGCAUCAAGCAGCGGCUUCACAGCGGCUCGGCCAGCCCCAUGGAACUCCUGUCCUACUUCAAGCAGCCGGUGGCAGCCACCAGGACUGCUGUGAGGACGGCUGACUACCUGCACGUGGCCCUCGGCCUGCUGGAGAGGAAGCUGAGGGCCCUGUGGCCAGGCCGCUUCAACGUCACAGACGUGCUGACCCCGGCCCAGCUGAACCUGCUGUCCAAGACUAGCGGCUGCGCCCACCAGGACCUGGGGGUGACCUGCCCGGAGAAGGACAAGUACCGAACCAUCACCGGGCAGUGCAACAACAGGCGCAGCCCCAUGCUGGGGGCUUCCAACCGGGCCCUUCUACGCUGGCUGCCGGCAGAGUACGAGGACGGCUUCUCGCUGCCCUUCGGCUGGACGCCCGGGGUCAAGCGCAACGGCUUCCCAGUGCCCCUGGCUCGCGCCGUGUCCAACGAGAUCGUGCGCUUCCCCACGGAGAAGCUAACUCCGGACCAGGAGCGCUCGCUCAUGUUCACGCAGUGGGGCCAGCUGCUAGACCAUGACCUCGACUUCGUCCCUGAACCGCCCGCCCGCGCCUCCUUCCUCAACGGCAUCAACUGCGAGAUCAGCUGCCUGCAGCAGCCGCCAUGCUUCCCGCUCAAGAUCCCACCCAAUGACCCCCGCAUCAAGAACCAGCGGGACUGCAUCCCUUUCUUCCGCUCCAGCCCGGCCUGCACCCAGAGCAACAUCACCAUUCGCAACCAGAUCAACGCGCUCACGUCCUUCGUGGACGCUAGCAUGGUCUACGGCAGCGAGGACCCCUUGGCCAGGAGGCUGCGCAACCUGACCAACCAGCUGGGGUUGCUAGCGGUCAACACUCGCUUCCAGGACAACGGCCGGGCCCUGCUGCCCUUCGACAACCGGCGCCAUGACCCCUGCCUCCUCACCAAUCGCUCAGCGAACAUCCCCUGCUUCCUGGCAGGGGACUCCCGUGCGAGUGAGAUGCCUGAGCUCGCCGCCAUGCACACGCUCUUUGUGCGGGAGCACAACCGGCUGGCCACAAAGCUCAGGCGCCUGAACCCCCACUGGAAUGGAGAGAGGCUCUAUCAGGAAGCCCGAAAGAUCGUGGGAGCCAUGGUCCAGAUCAUCACUUACAGGGAUUACCUGCCCCUGGUGCUGGGCCCGGAGGCCAUGCGGAAGUACCUGCCCCCGUACCGUUGCUACAACGACUCGGUGGACCCGCGCAUUUCCAACGUCUUCACCAUCGCCUUCCGCUACGGCCACACCCUCAUCCAACCCUUCAUGUUCCGCCUGAACAGCCGAUACCAACCCAUGCAGCCCAACCCCCGCGUACCGCUCAGCAGGGUCUUUUUUGCCAGCUGGAGGGUUGUGUUCGAAGGUGGCAUCGACCCCAUCCUGCGCGGCCUCAUGGCCACCCCUGCGAAGCUGAACUGCCAGAACCAAAUCGCAGUGGAUGAGAUCCGGGAGCGGCUGUUUGAGCAGGUCAUGAGGAUUGGGCUGGACCUGCCCGCGCUCAACAUGCAGCGCAGCCGCGACCACGGCCUCCCUGGGUACAAUGCCUGGAGGCGCUUCUGUGGGCUCCCAGUGCCCAACACGGUGGGUGAGCUGGGCACAGUCCUGAGGAACCUGAACCUGGCGAGGAGGCUGAUGGCCCUGUACCAGACGCCCAACAACAUUGAUAUCUGGAUAGGCAGUGUGGCUGAACCCUUCAACAAAAAUGCUCGUGUGGGCCCGCUGCUUGCCUGCCUCAUUGGGACCCAGUUUAGGAAGCUCCGUGAUGGUGACCGGUUCUGGUGGCAGAACAACGGCGUGUUCAGCAAGCAGCAGCAGCAGGCCUUGUCCAGGAUCUCCUUGCCCCGCAUCAUCUGUGACAACACAGGCAUCACUGUCGUGUCCAAGAACAACAUCUUCACGUCCAACAGAUUCCCUCGGGACUUUGUCCAGUGCAGUAGACUCCCGGCUUUGGACUUGGCUCCCUGGAGGGAAAAGAACUAGAGGCAGGAGGUGAAGCAGCGACCCUGGAGGAGUGACGACCCCGGAGGAGUGGCUAUUAGCAGUUGGGCUGUCCAUAGGCUGAGUUAUGGGCCCAGGCUCGCCAGAUUCAUUCACGGCUCCCCUUUUUCUUCCUUACCCUGUUCUCUUGCUUAUUCACAGGAGCUGCCUGGAGAGCAGCUUUAUACCACUUGUUUAUACCUGAUGAUUAUGAUAAUAAAGCACCGCA